CCUCCAUCUUAGCUGCGGGAGUGAGGCGUGGGUGCGGCUAAAUGCUGCAGCUCUGCAGACUCGGGCUCUUGCUGGGCCUGGCAGUAGCGGCGGCGGCGGUGCUGGCAGCACGGCUGAUGGGCUGGUGGGGUCUCCGCGCUGGCUUUCGCCUUUUCAUACCCGAGGAGCUGGCCCGCUAUCGCGGCGGCCCAGGGGAUCCUGGCCUCUACUUGGCGUUGCUCGGCCGCGUCUACGAUGUGUCCUCUGGCCGGAGGCACUACGAGCCUGGGGCCCACUAUAGCGGCUUCGCAGGCCGAGACGCAUCUAGAGCAUUUGUGACCGGGGACUACUCUGAAGCAGGCCUUGUGGAUGAUGUAUCCGACUUGUCAUUCUCUGAGUUGUUAACACUUCAAAAUUGGCUUUCAUUCUACGAGAAGAAUUAUGUAUCUGUUGGAAGGGUGAUAGGAAGGUUCUACGGAGAGGAUGGGCUGCCUACCCCAGAACUGACCCAGGUAGAUGCCAUGAUCACCAAAGGCUUGGAGGCAAAUAAACAGGAACUGAAAGAGAAGCAGAAGUUUCCACCAUGCAAUUCUGAGUGGAGCUCAACCAAGGGCAGCCGAUUCUGGUGUUCUUCAAAGAGCGGAGGUGUGAGCAGAGACUGGAUUGGUGUCCCCAGGAAGCUGUAUAAGCCAGGAGCCAAGGAGCCACACUGCGUGUGUGUGAGAACAACUGGCCCUCCUAGUGACCAGACACCGGACAGCCCUACACACAGGAAUCGUGGGGACUUGGACCACCCUAACUUGGGAGAAUACCCAGGCUGUCCACCUCUAGCCAUCACAUGUUCCUUCCCACGCUAAGCUGGUGCCCUGUGUGUUAACACACAGAAAACCCUGCCUAGAACUUGAAUAGGCCCUUGGCACUCAUGUCCUAGUAUGGCUCCUGGCCCGAAACAGGCAGGCCUGGAAGUACUCUGGCCAUACUCUGCAAAUGUGCCUCAUGCCCUGCUCACCAUGAACUCAUCAUUUUGGUGACCGAGGGAGAGCUUGGCAGCCUGCCUAGUUCUGGUCAGCCUGUUUUUAACUACAAUUCCUUUAAAUCCACUUGCCAUCUUCCUUCAGACCUCUCAGGUAUUAAUGGGCACAAGUCUAUGACAACUCAAAAAUAACUGGACAAACAAGGACAAUUCUCUGAACUCCAAUAGCUUCCUUUCCAUGGACUGUGAGAUGUUUUGGCCACAGCUCAGCCACUGCAUGACUACACAAUGAAGACGUAUGUCAGACCACUGCCCCCACCCCUUGCUUGCUAUGCUCUAGGAAAAGCUGUGCUUUGAAAGGCCAUAUGGACAGGUUGGCACGGUGCCUGCUCAGAAAUCAGUGGGUAUUCCUUAGAGGAGAAAGAUGACCUUGGGCUAAACCCCACCCUUGAGGACACUUCCUACUGCCAGAGCCCCCAGACUCCUUCAAGUGGGGACAGACAUUGCUGCCAUUAGCCCUCACCAGAAGAUCCCUGGGGUGGUACACCAGAAUCUGUACGUGGAUAAGGACGACAUACUGUCACCUUCCUCCAGGCAACCCUGUGAGCUAGGAAGGACAACCGUCACCGCCAUUUUAUAGAUAGGGAAACUAAGGCACAGAAAUUAUGAAACUUGCCUAGUACUAUCAACUAAUCAAUGACAAAGAAGAACUAAAACAGAGAUCUUCCCAGGCUGGGCAAAAAUAUGUGAAAGUUGAUGUGUACUUGGUUACUGUUUGCACUACAUAGAUCAUAACCAGUGACAGUGGUUAGCAGUGGCCACAUCCAGGAUGGCUUAGGAGGACCUGGGAUGGUUACGAGGAAGCACUUAACAGUGCCUAUUAACCAUGAGAAAAGCCACCAUACAGUGAGAUCUGUUACCACAACUGGUCUCGACUAGGGUAAGCGAAAUGGAAGACAGGUAAGGAAAGUGUGAGGGCCAGGUGACUUCUAGAUUUGUAUAGGGGCUUUAUAGAUCACUAGAUUUUAAUUUGCAGGCCCCUGAACCUUCCUUAGUACUUUCUGAAGCCCACAAUGCCAGUCUUCCCUUCAAACCUCGGCCUGCAGAAAGCUCACGAUGGGUGGAUCCUCUUGAGUUGCUCCUAAAUAAUGGAGUCAGAGGGAACUUCCAGAGUCCUUUGGAAAACUUCAUGGGGUCGCGUGACUGAGACUGCAUCUGUGAUCACACGUCGCCAUGAGCUGAAGUCUGGGCCAGGAGCACAGCAAAUUCAGGCAGCUGCUUACUAUACCUAAAAUAGCUACUAUUUUAAAUGCCAUCAAUGGUAUGUUUCUGAAAAAUGUUAGAAUUCAAACUUUCUUAGAAGGUAGCUGUUAAAGAAAUUUAUUCACGUCAGGAGUUGUUUUUUUUGUAAAUUUGUUUUCAAUGCUUACGGAUACUUCUGCACCAGAAGUAACUACAAAUGUCUUAUUAAAGUUCCCACUUUAAAUGCA